AAAAUAUCCAAUUCGCCCAAAAUGGUGGUAUUGUAUGUUGUUGGUGGCAAAAUCUAAAUGGAAAAAUACACAAGCACGCGUUAAUUUUUUUAUCACCAUAAAAAACACAUUAUUUUAAGACAUAACAUAUAGUUAACGAAUAUUUUACAAAAUGGAGGAAAUUCUAGGACAGAAUAUGCGAACCCCUAUAAAUCUUAAACAGUUUCUAUCGAACUACAACAAAAUAUUUAAACAUCCGUAUACCAUACCAUCGAAAGAUAUUAACAUACAAGAUGCCCUGCAACUUUCAAAUGAUGACGAACAAUAUAACACAGUUCAGGAAAAUUGUUCGCUUGAGCAUAUAAAACAGUCAAGCGAUCCACGAGUGGCCGAGUUUUUACCCGGAUUUUCCGAAAUACCACGAAAAACUACUGCAAACAUUGAUAUAAAAAGCGUUAAAUUAAAAUCUUUUGAAUUAUUAAUAAAACAUAAGCAAUGCAAAAAGCCAAGUGCUUUUCAACGUUCUCGUGAGUGUUUUACAAUGUUGAAACCGCCUUCGGCUGAAGGAGAAUCAUUGCAAACUAUACGACCUGGCGAAGAACUUUUAAUAUAUGUACGGUUUUAUAGACCGGCGCGUGCCACCCAUAUCGGUCGGACAUUAGAAAAACCUGUUUUUUCUCAAGAAUUUGCAUGUCUUGGAAGGAAUUUGUUGAGUGAAUUACGUGAUAAAGUAUAUUGUGUAUGUAAUAAUAAAAGAUUUUUCGAUGUAAGCGAACAUCCUGAAGAUCCUUUACCAACUAAAGACGCAGAUCCUGGAUUUUUUUUCAUAACAGAUACCUUUUACAACGAUAAACGCCAUCCUGGGAAUAUGGAUUACUCUCAAGCAAUACGAAGUUGGGCAAAAAAAGCCAAAGGCUUAGAUAAUCUGAAAUUUAAAGUAGCUCGUCUAGAAGAAACCCGUUUCAUUGAUCUUACUAUAAGUUUAGGUUUUCCACAACUUUACCAGCAUCAUGGGAAUUGUGAACAUGUUUUUGUCUUUUCAAACAUUGAGGUUAUAACAAAUCCAUGUUUACAAGUUUUACCCUCAUUAUCCUCCUAUCCAUAUGUACAAACGAUUAGCCGUUUUAAUACCAGAACAUGUAAUAUAUGUGGAAAGAUGAAUUAUGUUUUCGUUGUCGAAGGCAGUAAUCGUCAACUGCAGGAUCCGGCAUAUUUAUGCAAACAGUGCUUUAUCUCUUUUCAUUAUGUGGAUGGUAAAAAAAUUGGAGAAUUCUCUGCCUAUCGCUUGAAUGAUGAAUUACGAAAUCCAGACGAAGAAAGUAUUGAAUUAUUCAAUGACGGCGAGGAGAUUCCCCAAGAAAUUAUGAAUGAUGAAUACAGUGACGAGAUUGCUAAUGAGAUAAUUGAUAAUAACUCGGAUAAUUCGGAAGAAAUCGAUAUAAUUAUAAAAGAGGAAACAAUUUGUAAUAUUGAAGACAAUUAAUUGCAUUAUGAAUAAAUAUAGUAUGUAAUUUAUAAAAAUUAAUUAAAA